AUGUCGGCCAGACCGAGAAUGCAUGCCCGAGACUCUUCAGGCCGAAAGGUCUCUCUUCUCAACGAUGAGCCGGCAGGACAGGACAGCGCUUUCAGAUCCACUUACUCAGCAUUUGAGUCGGCGAGUAUGGUACGAUCAAAUUCCGCCAUGUCCACACAAAGCGGCACUUCUUCUCCACACGUUCCCGACCUCGUCCGCGCAGAUUCUUUUGAUUCCAACAACACCAACGAUCCUACUUCUCCCAUCACGCCUACUUCCUUGAAAGAAUUUGGUAGACAGUCGUCCUAUUUGGGCUACAAGAAUCAACCACAGUUCGAGUAUCGCGAAGGACCUCCACGCAUGGACGACUACUCGUGUCAUCAAUACUCGAUGCCUCUCCCCAAUUACCAAGGUCAGCGGACAUCAUAUCCGGAACCACAGAUGUACGACGAAGACAUGUAUCAGAACCGAAAUCAGCAGGAGAGGGGGCCUAAGAGGUAUCCCUGUCGCCACAGAGAUACCCACAAUUGCGACAAGACUUUUACCACCUCUGGCCAUGCAUCACGCCAUUCGAAAAUUCACACCGCCGAGAAGGGUGUCGUGUGUACCUGGAAAGGUUGCCAGAAAAAGUUCACACGCGGUGACAACAUGAAGCAACAUCUCGAGACGCACACCAAAGAGCGUUCUCGCUCUUCCGCUGCCCAGAAGAACGCUGCAAUCAGAACACUCACAAUGCCUGCUGGCGUACGCAAGGCCAGCUCAUCAGAUGGUAGAUCCAGUCGUCCGUCGAGCAGGAAUACCAACGAUUCGAUGGACACUACGCCAGUGGACCCUGCAUUGUAUCAACAGCAGCCGGCAUUUACAUCGUACGGAAGUCCCUCAGCAUCAUCUGCUUACUAUGGCUCUCCUAUCACAUCUCGACGCGAAACUCUGCCGAGCGGAUUAGAUGCUCUAGCUGCUAUCGCUGCAUCGCAAUAUCGCCCCUGA